AUGGAUAUUUCCAAGGAAAAUGUCGAGAACAUCGAGGAUGUAACGCCGGACCAGAAAGAUGAGUUACCAACGAAAAAUAUGGGAACCGUCAUGCGGUCUCGCGAAGACGACCUUGGUAUUUGGCAGUGUGUGUUGCGAUUCAAGACUGUGUCGUUGAUUGCCAUGACUGCCGCAUUCAGUGCAUCUCUUGACGGCUAUCAGAUCAACUUGAAUGGCGGUAUCGUCUCCAACAAAGGAUUCAUCCGACAAAUGGCAUCUCCGGGAACGUCCAUCAUCGCUGGCAAAUACAUUUCUGCGUGGGGAGGAAUUCAAUCAGCUGGUCAAACAGUUGGCCAAAUUCUCCUCCAAUAUGCCACCGAGAGAUUCGGUCGCAAAGUCGCGUUCUAUAUCAUCUGGGUCGACCUCGUGAUUAGCGUCUUUAUUGAGUCCUUUGCAACAAGAUGGGAUCACUGGCUUGCAGCAAAGCUCUUUUCUGGCAUGGGUGUUGGAAUGCUCCAGUCUACCUUGCCGCUGUACUUGUCUGAGAUCGCACCGACCCAACUGCGGGGUUUCUACAUCAACGCAUACAGUUUCUGGUUUGUCGUGGGCCAAAUCUUUGCCUCGGUUGCUCUGAAGGAGCUUAGUGCCCAUGAUCCUUAUGACUUCCGAGUUCCUAUCUAUACUCAGUGGGCUAUGAUCGGCGUUAUUGCGAUCAUCUUCAUCCUUAUGCCCGAAUCGCCCUGGUGGCUCGUGAGCAAAGGCAAGAUUGAUCAAGCGGCCAAAGUCUUGAACAGGUGCAAUGGCAAGGUAGAUGGAUACAGUGUUGAUGGGCAGAUUGAAAUCAUGACCGCUACAGUCACAGAAGAGCGAAUUCUUGCAGAGCGCAACUCGGAGGAGGGAAUGUGGGCUGUCUUCCAAGGCCGCAACCGUAUUCGGUUCGUCAUUGCAGCUUGGCCAAAGAUCGCUCAGCAGUUUGUUGGCUUGUCGGUGUUCAACACCUACGCUACCUAUUUCUUCCAAUAUGCUGGCAGCAAGGAUCCAUUCAUGGUCACUGUCAUCCUGUCCUGUGUUCAGCUUCUGUCUAUGAUCAUGACCGCUGUGACUACCGACAAGCUUGGACGUCGUCCCUUGACCAUCUAUCCAUAUGCGGUUACAACGGUGUCAGUUCUAUGUCUUGGAAUCAUUGGAUGCUUUGAUUAUACCAAACCGUCGACAAGCUCCCUGCUAAUUUUCUUCGCUUGCUUGGCUACUCUCUCAACAACGGGUGCAUCGGCUAUCGGAUAUGCCUACGCCGCUGAAGUACCGCAACAGCGCCUGCGUGCUAAAACAGCCGGACUGGCUCUGGCAUCUUCGAAUGCCGUCGCCAUCAUGUUCAGCUUCUGCACGCCGUUGAUGAUCAACAAUGCUCCUGUGUCUAGCUGGGGUGUGAAGACCGGGUUUUUCUUUGCUGGCAUGGGUACAAUUGCUGUGAUUGUCGCUUGGUUCAUUCUUCCCGAGGUGACGCGUCGCACACCUGCUGAGAUUGAUGAGAUGUUUGAGAAGAAGAUCAACCUUCGCAAGUUCAAGGGAUAUCUCACUGAGGUGGAGAUGCGCUCGAAUGAACAGCGCCAGGAGCAUGAGAUGGUUGUCACUGCUUGA